AUCACAGCAGUUCCCUCAGCUCUUUUCUCCUAGCUAGAAACAUAGAAACCCCAGAACCUUAUUGUGAAUUGUCAAACAUACAUUUGGCAAAUUAAAGAACAAUGAAAACUGCAACUGUUUCUUGUUUCUUUAUCCUAAUCUUUGCUCAUCAACUCCUCUCAGGUUCUGCACUGGAACUCACUCAUGCUUUGAUAGACACAAGCCUGGACAUCUCAAGGGACAGCAACAUGGGACAAGAAAGAAAUAAUGGUGGCUCCAGAAGCUCUGUCGAUUCGAAGACAGAUGAUAUUGGGGAGGAUUUUGAGUCCAUGGAACUGAUGAGGAAGGCACAGAAGGGGACGGGGGCGUAUGGCGGGGCGAAUGUUGUUCAUCAUCCACCUGGAACAAGAAACCUGGGAUCUCCCACCUUAAUCUCAAGCUCCAGAAGCUUUGUGAAUAUGAAGAGUGAUGAUAAUGAUGUGGAAGAUUCUCAAUCCAGGCAUGCCAUGGUGCUGAAGAAGUCACAGGGACAUAGGGGAUCAUCUGGGGGGGCGCCAAACAUUGUUCAUCGUCCACCUGACACCAGAAGUCUUGGACCUCCAACCUUAAUAAUCUCAACUUAUUAUGUUGUCUGCUUCAGCUUCAUUCUUCUCCUGCUUCUUGUUGCCUAGAUAGAUGUUGUUUGUCCCAGUUUGAAUAUCUUGUGUCAUUUAGGAUCAGCAAUCAUCGGUUUCUCAGAAUGCUUAACCAGGUUGUGUUUUGUAGUAUUUGGUUGAUCUAGGCACUAGCAUUUAAUUAGCUUGGUGAGAUUGUGUUGAGGAUUGUGUUUUUGUUGUUUGUUUGUUUGAAGAAAAAACAAUACAUUUGUGGAUCACUAUCUAUUUAGUAGUGUGAUGUACUUGCUAUGUAAUGCAAAUUUAGUACACCUUUGGAAUUUUUAAGGUGUCAAUUGAUACUAAUAUUUUUUGUACUGGCA